AUGACUCCUACUUUAGCCGUUGUAAAGAUUACGCCUAAGACGGGUUUGCCCAUUCGAAUUUUCAUCAAUCGAAAAGAGGUUCUGAGCAAGCACAUUUCUGGAUCUGCAAGACCUAUAUUUGAAGCUCCGUUGUUGUCGAAUAAUGCUAUUGUAAGGUUAAAGUCGCCAUCAGUGAGGAUUCAUUUGUCAAAUGAAGAUUCCAGGGACCUUUGUAACGAACUCCGUGAUGAGCUUCUUUUCAUUGUGCAUGAAUUUGGUUCAGAGACUAUACAAAAUGAGUUACUCAAGAAGCUGAAGGUUGGCAGUGCGAUGGACUUCCAGGAAUUAAUGCAGGUGGUCAAAGGGAAUGCCGGUUUGCAGCGCAAUGCAUCUAGGAAUGACGAUAAUCCUCUUGCUGGGUUGGAGUUCCACACUACGAUCAUUGAGAGGAUUGAUAAGAAUAAGUUUACGUUGCUCUUUAAGCAUAACUGGGAAGCAAACAUCAUUAUAUGCGAUAUUAAACGGCUUGUAAAAUGGAGGAAGCUGUUGUGUUGGACAGCAUUUGUUAGCAAUGUAUCUGGCAUACCCUUAUUAUCCUCACAAGAAAGCCCUCAUAUUAUAGUUCGAGGAGCGGUUGAGACAACUGAACCUGCUGCUGAGAUAUUGCAAGAAUCAGAUGAGGAAGAUUCCAGCUCUCGGUUGAUACUGGUGAACGAUGACCUCGCUAAUCGACAAGAUCUUGGUGAUGGGGAACAGAAGCCUGUCGUGGAGUACAACUACGAACCAUUGAUCAACCUCGGCAGCGGAAUAGAUGUGCAUGUACUACAGCGACCUCAGCGCCAUAGAAGACAGCCACUUUCAUGA